UUCCGUUUUUUCCGCUGGCUUGUGAUGCUAACGUUAGCUGUUUUCAUGCUAGGCAGGGAAACAUGCGGUUCUGUUCAAACAUAACCGCCUCAUUUAAACUUUCUGCAACCGACAGACAUGUAGUGGCGAAUUUCGACUACAGACUGUCACUUGGUAUUUAUUUUUAAGCGUAAAUGUGUCUGUACUGUAGUUAGCUAGCUAGUUUAACGGUUACAAACAGUAACGUUACGGUGCGCGACGUCACUCACAACCACCACCACAGGACGAGUCCGAGUGUCCCCCACACACUACUAGCUAAAUUUCGACGACUCUCCAAGACCAAAAAUGCCAUCGAGAAAUCAUCUUGACAAAAUUGGGAGGAAGAAGAAGAAGAAAUGGACAGAGGAGGCCAUGGAACGUGCUCUGAUCGAGGUGAAGUCGGGUAGGUGUACGGUGAGACGGGCUGCCAAAGAGUUUGGAGUCCCUAAGUCUUCACUGGGAGACAGAGUCAGUGGACGGGUGACACCAGGGAGUCGCAGCGGGCCAGCUCAGCUUAUAACAUCUGCAGAUGAGGAGCUGUUGGUGGAGUUCUCUUUAUACAUGUCGAAGCAUGGAUUCCCACUGACGAAACAACAGCUGGUGUCCUUUGCCUCGUCCAUUUAUAAACGGCAACAUCGGAGGGUGGCAUUUUCUAAACUAGGCCAGACCUGGUGGCUCAAUUUUAGAAAAAGGCAAGAAAAGAAUAUAACCAUUCAGCCAGCAGACAAUGUUGUCCGUGGGAGGACGGUUAGUGUGAGGAAGGAAGCAGUGGAUCAGUUUUUUCAUUUACUCAGUACUGUCAUGGAAGCUCAUGGGCUCAGAGACAAGCCUCUUCAAAUCCUUAACUGCAACGAGGUGGGCUUUCAUCUGGGCAGGAAGAGGGUGAUUCUCCCCAAAUCUGCCAGUCUGGGCUGCAAGCCAACGCCAGGCUCAAGGGACCACAUCUCGAUCCUGGCUUGCUUUAGCGCAACUGGAGAGGACAUUCCCCCAUUUAUUAUCUACUCAAAGGCAUACCCAGGGGGAGUAUGUUACAAGACUCAAGGGCCUCCAAAUGCCCUCUAUGGAUGGUCAGACUCUGGCUGUAUAAACUCUGACCUUUUCAAAAAAUGGUUCCUCAAACACUUCCUCCUACACACGCCAAAGGAGCGUCCGCUGCUGCUGAUUUUCGACGGCCACAAGUCUCCCAUAAACCUUGAGGUGGUGGAAGCAGCUCGUAAGGAGGAUGUGAUCCUUCUGUGCCUUCCACCUCAUUGCUCUCAUAUCCUGCAGCCACUUGACGCGGGUCUCUUUGUUCUCCUUAAGCAGCAUUUUGCAGCACUUAUAGGUGAUGGUUGUGCCACUGAUACUCACUAUGCAGUCAGCAAGAAGGAGUUCUCAGGUGUGUUUAAAGAGACGUAUCAGGUAGUGAAGGAGGAGGAGGGUGUCAGGAUUGUGAAGGAAGGCUUUAGGAAAUGUGGCAUCUACCCGUUAAACCACUUCGCCAUCAACAAGGGUCAUUUAAUGCCAUUGCACAGCAUGGGCCCUGCAGCUGGUCCCUCCUUGUCCACAUCAGCACAGGGGGUGCACGCUGUAGGAGACGUCAUAGCUGCUGGACCCUCCUCCUAACUCAUAACUGCUCAAGACUAUCAGUCAGUCAUCAGUACAUUUGAGGAAAGCGAGUGACUGCAUAAUUUAACAAAACUUGGCUAGUUCUGUCAUUUGAAAUACACUCCAGCUUGAGUAUUGUUCACCACCUCCUCCAGCUUCCUUGCAGAGUGCUCUGUUUGUCAGCUCGCCAGAUGAAAGGGGUGUUGAUAUUAAUUACUUGUCAAUGUUGUGGUCAAAGGGUUUUUAAUGGAAUAAGAAAGGAAAAAUAUAUUUUCAUAUACACAAAAUGAUGUUUUAUUUUCUCUAAGAUGUCUCUAAUUCUUGCUUUUUUGUAAAAAUAUUGGACACUUUCAGGCCCCUUAAAAUCAUUUAAAUGAAACAAGCGGAGACAGAAAUAAACAGUUUUUGGUUGAACUGCUCCCAAAUCAUAUUCACAUUAAGUCCAUAACCUGUGACAGAGGGUUGAAUAUAGAUAUUUCUUCAUUUCAGGGGAUCACAAGCCAAAAAGAUUGAGAACUACUACUGUACUAUAAAUAAACUCAAGCUCUGUCAUUUUGUCUUGUGAUUGAUGGCCAGCUAGCUAAGCAAAUUAACACUAAGCAGUAGGAAUAGAGACAAAGUUGUGCUUGAUUUCUAUUUUAGUGGAGUAAGCGGGAGGCUAUUCUGUGAGCUAGCUUGCUAACUGUUCUGGACUGAUCAAACAUGCGGUUUAAUAAUUCAGUGUGUAUUCAGCUAACAUAUUCAACCAUGAGAUAAAAAGGAAAUAUUUAAAACUAAGCCACAUUGUCAAGUGUUAUCUUGUUUGAAACUCUCCAUAAAAGUACAAUGUGAAAAUGUAGUUAGAUGUUGAGGUCUGGCAAGAUGUAUUAUAGUCCAGUAUCCAUGCAGAAGAUUUGCAAAAAAAAAAAAAGAUGUAGACAUAAAACUUAUUCCUAAGUUAUUUCUUACUUGUGAUGUUCAGGCCUCCUGUGAAACAAGCUGAGAGA